UGCUCGAUGAGCUUGCCUGCGUCGCUCACGUGUGGCCACUCUCCGUGUGCUGGCGCACCGCCCGGUUGCGCAGGCCGCCACAAAGACGCCGGCACGCCCCGCCGCCGAGCAAGAGGUGCCCGCGCGGCCCUGUUGGCCCCGGAGGCUCGAGGGAGGUUUCCGCCGCCCUCCCGGCCGACCGCGCGGGUGCAAGAGGUUCAAGCAGAGGGGCCAUGCACGGUUUCCCCCGUGGCCGUAGGCGACCCGAGGAGGAGAAGGAGGAGGAGGAGGAGGAGGAGGUGGAGGAGGAGGAGGAGGAGGAGGAGAGGUCGCCAAAGCCCUUCGAGGAAACCCAUCAGAGGGGGGCUCUCACCACACGUGGGCCCCCCCCCGUCCUCCGCCCCCUCCGGUGGGGAGGGGCCACGCGCGGGCGAGCCGCCGAGCGGGCCAAGCCCAAGCCAUUCACCAGCCAGAGCUGCCACGGCAAGCCCCGGCGUCUGGGGCUGCGAGCGGCUAACGAAAACUCAAACAACGAAGGCGUCGGCGAACGUAACCUUCCCAGGGAACAGGAGCGAUACCGCAGCUGACGUCGCAUGGAUCAAAGCACCAGGGUCCGCCGUGGGCCAUUCAC